UCAUGUAUACCACACUUCAUGCCUUAUACUCUGGUUGCUCAGCAUUGAGUUUGAGAUUGUUUGCAAUCAGUCAGUCAGUCCCAAAGUGGGGAAAAGAUCUAGGAACAAGAACGGAGACAAAUCUAAUACAUCAGGAAAAGGAUGGAACAGUGAACACUUUCUCAAACCCAAUUGUAUCUGUGCUCUGUCCAGAGUGCCAAGGUACUGGUGUGAACAUUGAGGGAGAUGAGCUUGAGAAGACACCUGCCUCUCAUUCAGAGGUGUUCCAGUUCCAGAUGAACGUGUGUAAUGGAUAUAAAGGAUGGAUGAAAAGUCCUGAGAUCUUGGAGAAGUGCUCAACAGGUUUUGACUUCCCUCCAGAAUCUGGAGAGCCAGUUCAGGUACACAAUAAAUGGCGUGCUCAAAGAGGUGCAAGAAUCUCAUAUGCUUUCUAGUUGUUCUCGCGCUGGUUUUAACACUUGCUGGAAGUUCUCAGGCUAGGCCGCUCCCGCACAUGAAUGUUUCAGGAUUCCAAGCUCGGAAUUCAUCACUCGAGGCAGCUCUUAGGACCCUUUCGGCUAUGUUACCAAAAGGUGCACCCCUGCCACCUUCUGGACCUAGCCCUGGCAUCAACUGAUUCAGUUUUAGACCUUCGACGAUGGCAUUUGCUAAAGUCUCUGCUGAUUCUUAUGCAUGAUAAAUAGGAUGUAUUCUAA